AUGGCGUCGGGUCAAUUCAAAGAAGACAGAGCCGAGGCAGCAGCUAAGCUUACUGCCAAAGAUAUAGGAGACGUUAACAGAGAAAGAGAGCGCGAUUAUGGAUUGAGAGAACGCGAGCAGGAGCACCUGGUGGGAAGGGAGAAACAGCAGGGACCCGGCGUUAUGGGGUCCAUGUUCAAGGCGGUGCAAGACACAUACGAGCACGCCAAGGGAGCUGUAGUCGGUAAGACUCACGACGCCGCGAAUACUGCCGGCGAAUACAAAGACUAUGCAGCUCACAAGGCUGGCGAAACCAAGGAUGCAACCAAGCAGAAAGCCGGAGAGUUUGCUGAGAAAGCCAGGGAGGCGAAGGACGCCACCGUGGACAAGGCUGCGGAGUACACGGGUUAUGCGGCAGACAAGGCCAAGGAAGCCAAGGACGCCACGGCGCAGAAGGCAGGUGAGUACAAGGACUAUACUGCUGAGAAAGCAAAAGAAGGCAAGGACACUACCUUUGGGAAGCUCGGGGAGCUCAAGGACAAAGCCAUGGGUUUCUUCUCCGGGAAGAAAGAUGAAACCCAGCAAUAUGCGUACGAGACAGGGGCAAUGGACAAGGACAAGCUGGGAGUAGCAGAUGAUGCAAAGGUUACGCUGGAAGAGCUAAAACUGCGGGAAAGAUCACAUCCAUACGAAGAAGUGCAAGAGGUGGACAAAUUCAGAAGCGAAAGUGAUCGGGGAAGAGCAGCGAAGAAUAAUAUAAUGGGCUCAAUGGGGAGUGUGGGUGAAGCCAUAAAGUCGAAGCUGACUCAUCCUUCAGAUGUGGUGGAGGAGACGCGCGCCGCCCGGGAGCGUGGUGGGGCUGGGCGGCGCGGGGAGGAGGUGCUGGUCGAAGUGGAAGAGUCGCGGCCAGGCGCGGUGGCGGAUACGCUGAAAGCAGCAGAUCAGAUGGCGGGACAGAUCAACGACGUGGGACGAGUGGGAGAUGAAGGCACUAUCCGUGUGCAGCACCGCAAGAACUAUUGA